UUGUUUAGCUAGCGUUAUGGGUUGGCGUCGUCGUACGGACUUUUCUUUGAAGUCAGGUAUAUCCACAGAACAGCGUCGCCUGCUUGGCUGCUCAGCGCUAGCUAAGAGGAGGAAAUUGAAGUAUACCAUCUGAAGCAGAAUACAGAGAUUGUGAGUGGGUCAUCAGGCAGUCUCCCUAUGUCAGGCCGAAACGGGUCUGCAAGUGAUGCAGACUGCCGGAUCUCUGAGGACUGCCAUGUCCCAGAUGUUGAGUUGAUGGAGCUGGGGCCGCUGCUGGAGGAAGGAGGGGGGCGCCAGGCAGCAGCUAAAGGCGUCCAUCCAGAGGGAGCUGCCAUGCUUGCUGAUGAGGAAGAGGAGGAUGAUGAGGUGGGAGAGGUCCUUACCUUACCACUUCAGGCUCACCACGCCAUGGAGAAGAUGGAAGAGUUUGUACACAAGGUUUGGGAGGGGCGCUGGAGGGUCAUCCCUUUUCAUGUCCUGCCAGAGUGGCUAAAGGACAACGAUUACCUCCUGCAUGGACAUCGACCCCCAAUGCCCUCCUUUCGAGCCUGUUUUGGAAGCAUCUUCAGAAUUCACACUGAGACAGGAAACAUCUGGACUCACCUGUUAGGGCUGAUCUUAUUCAUUUGUCUGGGCACGUUAACCAUGCUGCGGCCCAACAUGUAUUUUAUGGCCCCACUGCAAGAGAAAGUGGUGUUUGGGAUGUUCUUCCUGGGAGCUGUGCUCUGCCUCAGCUUCUCCUGGCUUUUCCAUACAGUCUACUGCCACUCUGAGAAAGUGUCUCGCACCUUCUCCAAACUUGACUACUCGGGCAUUGCCCUCCUGAUCAUGGGCUCUUUCGUGCCCUGGCUGUACUACUCGUUCUAUUGUUCCCCUCAGCCUCGACUUAUCUACCUCACCAUUGUAUGUGUCCUCGGCAUUGCCGCCAUCAUAGUGGCCCAGUGGGACCGCUUCUCCACACCUCGUCACAGGCCAACAAGAGCAGGUGUGUUCAUGGGUCUGGGACUAAGCGGCAUUGUCCCCACCAUGCACUUCACCAUCGAGGAGGGUUUUGUUAAGGCCACCACUGUCGGCCAGAUGGGUUGGUUCUACUUGAUGGGAGCGAUGUAUAUCACUGGUGCUGGUCUGUAUGCAGCUAGGAUCCCUGAACGCUAUUUCCCUGGCAAGUGUGACAUCUGGUUCCAUUCCCAUCAGAUUUUUCAUGUUCUGGUCGUGGCAGCAGCGUUCAUCCAUUUCUACGGCGUUUCCAACCUGCAGGAGUUUCGCUACGGCCUCGAGGGAGGAUGCACAGAUGACACUCUACUCUGAGAGCCCUGACUGUGACUUACUCAUACUUUUCUUUAUAGCCCCACAAACACACACACACACACACACACACACACACACACACACACACACUUAAAAUGCUGCUGGAAUUCAAUAGUCACUUAUUGCUCCUUCUGUACUUCUGAUUUGCUCACAUUCUGUUUGGGUUCUGACGGUCUUUCUGCUUUGGCUCUUUUUUGCUCAAAUAAAGUAGCAUUGACUAGCCAAUGAGCUAUGGAGGGAAUCUUCAACGGUCACCACUUCUUCAAUAAUUAUGAAGCUUAAAGUAUGUGUUUCAAAGAAAGGUCAAAAUGGGACUUAAACCAAAAUCAUGUAUUCCUGUAACUGAUGUUCAUUUCCGAGAAGCUCACUAGUAGCCCAACUUCUCCAUAGUCUGUUACCAUUGCACAAAGAGUAUAGAGAGUUUUAUUUGUACUGUAGCAGAGAGCACAUACUAUAAACAAUUCAUUUUCUCCUUCCCAUUUUCCUUAGAGGUUAGAGGACGAAUGUACUGUCAGCCAGAAGCAUCUUGUAGAGCAGUCCAGGGCCAGUUAGGUGCUUGAGAGCCUGCACACAUUUGCUUGAGGAGGAUGAAAGUAUACACAGAUAGUGUGUAUGGAAUUCAUCAGAUUUUUUUUUUUGAUUGACACUGAUUGUGCAGCUUUCCAUUAAAACCUGUAGAAAUCUGUACAAACCCACCUAUGUCCACUCUGCAAUAAAACAUGAACUGUACUCUCAAAGCCCAGUCAGUACUCUAAAAUCCCAUUGUCACAAAAUAAAAUAAGAAAUGAAUAAAAGGAACGUAUAGUUUAGAUCCCAUAAAUAUGAUGUACAGAUGUGUCACAGUAACACUAUGGGUAAUGGUAAUCAGGUCCUUGACCAAAAUGAAUCAAAGGGUUGGAUCUUUCUCGUUUUUUUUUUUUUGUCUGUUUUUUUUUUUUUAUUAUUUUAUACUGAAAUGCGUAGAAGUUCCUUUGUAUUGGAUGCAUUAUUUUAAUUGAAAAAAGUCACACAAAAAAAAUUCAAAUUGUUUAAUGGCACGGAAAAGCUGUAAAAGUUUUUUGCUCCUGUGGAAAAAUAAAUUAGCUCAGUUCAGGUCAGACUAAGAUGCUUAAAAUGCUGAAGUGAAAAGAACUCACCUGCCAUCUUUUUUCAGUCAGACAACACAUGAUUUGUAGAGUAAUAGUUCCUGGGCUACGCACAAUGUACAGAUCUAGAUCGGUCAAAUUGUGUUUUUGUCAGCUAAAGAUCUUUCUUUUGUGCUAGAUUUCAAAUGCAAUGAGAGGUGUAAAUAUCAAAUGCACCCUAGUGUAUGCUAUAAAAUUCUAAACUUUAAAUCACCAUAUGGGGUUUAAAAUGUGUUAUGUAUGAUUGAUAUAAACUUUUAGUAUUCCUGUGCCUUAGGCCAAUGGAAAUGUUUUUAAAUAAAACGGCCUAUCUUAACAGUCAAGGGAGCUUCAAGGAUUUCCAGAUGUUGACUUUUCUUGUUUUCCUUGCCAUAUAUAUACACAAUCAAAUCAUUAUUGAACUUACAACUCCAUUGAUAGGUUGUAUCAACUGCUGUUUAAGACUCCUUUUUCUAGAUCAACUUAUUCAAGCUUUAUUACAAAGACUAAAACAACGUGUAUUCUUGACUUUGUGUAAUGUCCUGUGUAGAAGGUGAUAAGUCAUACAUUUCACUGAAAUGUAAACAUAAAUAUUUAUUAAUGGUAAUCUUGGAAAAUUAUUGUAAUAAAUUUUUUUCCACAUGUAUAAA